UUUCAAAAACAAGGCUCUCACAGAUGGCAUUGUGGGAGAGCAUGAGUGAUUGGUGAUUAGGCGUGACUUAUGGCUGUCUGAGCUUUCCUCUGUCUGUUAAGUCCACGCUCUCAGUCUUGUUUGCACAGGCCUGCCCUUGCCACUGCUCUUGCCUUGAGAAGAGGAGUAGCCUGGCGUUAAGAGGGGGCGCAAACACAGAACCUGGAGACAAAGACCAUUUUUGCCCCGUUGCCAAGGAGAUAGAAGUCUCCUGCUAGCUGAGCUCAUCUCAGCUCUGCCCCUGGAACUUUUCAGAAUGAGUGCAAUAUUCCCGGGGGAUAUUACAGCAUGGUGCAGCCACUGGCUUCCAGUUCCAAGCACAUUCGCUGUCCCUUUUUUAAGAAGAGUUCCAAAUCCCAGCUUUCCACCAGGCUCCAAGACCAACAUGCUGCUGUGCUGUAAAAGGAAUUAGACUUGGGAAAUUAUUCAUGAAAAAAAAAGAAAAACACCCCAACCUUUCACAGUAACACAGUCAUUCUAUAUAUUUUUGUUGGAGAUGGGGGAUGGGAAUAAUAGUCUUUCUAUUGAACCAGUCACCGAGGGAUUGCCACAGGGAAGAAAAUCGCUAACAGGGGCGUGGAGAGGCUUCAGCAAGAGGGACGGCCAUGGAGGGCGACUGCCUGAGCUGCAUCAAAUACCUCAUGUUCGUCUUCAACUUCUUCAUCUUUCUUGGUGGAUCGUUCCUGCUGGGUGUGGGGAUCUGGGUGCUAGUGGACCCCACAGGCUUCCGGGAGAUUGUGGCAGCCAACCCGCUCCUUUUCACGGGCGCCUAUGUCAUCCUGGCCAUGGGCGGUAUGCUGUUCCUGCUCGGAUUCCUGGGUUGCUGUGGGGCCAUCCGUGAGAACAAGUGCCUGCUGCUCUUCUUCUUCAUGCUCAUCCUCAUCAUAUUCCUGGCAGAACUGGCAGCCGCCAUCUUGGCUUUCAUAUUCCGGGAGCAUCUGACCAGAGAAUACUUCACAAAGGAGCUGAAGAGGCACUACCAAGGCUACAACAACACUGAUGUCUUCACCUCCACAUGGAAUGCCAUCAUGACCACGUUUGACUGUUGUGGGGUGAACAGCCCAGAGGACUUCGAUGAAAGCCUCUUCAGGCACAUCAACCCCAAUGACAUGGUGCCCGAGGCCUGUUGCCAGAGGAACAGUCAUCUCGGAGACAUGGACUACAUCAGCCGGGAGGAGUGUCUCAUGGGCAGCAUGCUGUUCCGCAACAACAAGGGUUGCUAUUCUGCAGUGGUGGACUACUUUGAGACAUACAUUUACUUGGCUGGGGCACUGGCCAUUGUUGUGCUGACAAUUGAGCUCUUUGCCAUGGUGUUUGCUAUGUGUUUGUUCAGGGGAAUCCAGUAGACUCUGCACACUGUACAGGAGGACUUUUCAAAAGGGAAAUGGCAGUAAAAGAAAAAAAAAGCUUGUAAAAUACAAAGGAGAUGUCUUUUGUUGUUCUUUUUUAUAAUGGCAAAUUGAAAAAAAGAAAAAAAAAAACAACGACCAAACAACUCGUACUUCUGAGCUGGACCUUUGAGGUACUGGGUGUGCACUGUAAAAAACAAAAAGCAACAAAAUGUGGGGAGGAGUGAAGCAAACACACAGGUGUAAAGUGGACCAGAUGAAGCCGGCUACUGCUGCGUUCCCAGGGCGGGAGAGAAGGAAGGCGCUGCACUGACUUUUGGAUGAAGAAUAUUUAUACCAAGGAAAGUUGGCUUAGCUGUAUAGAAGUUUGUGUUUGAGUGUACCUUGGCUGUAUCCCCCCAAACCCCUUUCCUGACAUACACACCCCUAUCAGAGCCACUCUUCUCCCACAGAGUGGUGUGUGUGUUCUUACAUUGACACCUGACCCUGCCCUCUUAAGCUUGGAA